CUUCUACAUGUUUAAAUUUGGGUUUGAGGAAAUACCAUCAAUGCCUUAAUGUUAUUUUAGUGUGAGUGAAAAGCCCCUGUAACUGUAUCCCUUCAUACAUGAGGCCAGGAGUUAUUUUCAUGUCAGUGGUCAGUGCUGUCCACAGGCGUGUGUUUCUCACUCCCGGGUCACGUUAUCUGCAUCUUAAAUGUCAGACCUGUCAUUGUAUUUGUAAGUUUGCAUCAGUGUAGAGAGAAUAUGGCUGCAGACGAGUGAAACUGUCCAUGUCAGUGUGUUCAGGGAGACUUUACAGGCUGUGUCAUGACUCCGGCUGAGAGGCUGAAGGCGCUCCUCUUCUUGGCGUUGUUCUUCGGCGCGGCGGGGUUUCUGUUCACGCUGCUCUCCUGUGGUACCGAGUACUGGCUGCUGGCGGCAGAGACGUGCAACUCCAAUAAGGGAACCUUCGGAGGAAGUGGCCUUAAAAAGGGGAAGAGCAGCAGUGAGGCUUUCGGCGGAGUGAGGAUCUUCCACGAGGGUCUGUUCUGGCGCUGCUCCUUCAUGGCUGAAUCUGAGGACUUUUCAACGUGGGACCUCUGGAUCUCCAAUCAGCCGUCAUCCAGGCUCUGCAAGGCUGCUUUCCUCUUCCCAUUUCCUGUUUAUGAACCAUCGGGGGCGGAGCCAACAGAGCCGUUCGAACACCCCUCUGCUAUUGUUUUCAGGACGUUCUGGAGCAUCUUCCUGGUUGCAGGCUCCGUGUCGGUCUUUAUUGGUGGAUUUGCAGUCAUCUGUGCGGGACCACUGGCCAAUCACAAGCUCUAUAAAAUGGGCGGGGCUUUACAGCUGAGCGGCGGUGUGUGUCUGCUGGCCGUGGUGGUCAUGUACCUGAUGUGGGUGCAGGUUUUGGACACUCUGGAGCAGUUUGUCCUCCAUCAGAGACUCUCCUCCUGUCCCUCCUUCCACCUCAGCAUCCAGCUCGGCCCUUCUUUCCUCCUCGCUCCUGUGGCCGUCUUCUCCUGCCUGCUGGCUGGUCUGCUCUCACUCCUCAUUGGUCGGAUGAUUCAGGAGGUACGGAGAGAGAAAAACCAGAACGUUCCAGAAGCUCCAGAAGCUGAUGUUUGACUGUUUAAAAGAUAUAAACCCUUUAAAUAAUUA